AUUUUGAGCCCAACCAGCUGGCACGGCCCAUUCAGUGUGCUUUAGUCGUUCAACGGAAUCGGAUCUCCUCGCGUCGAGUGUUUGUGUAUCGUUCGUUCGUUCGUCGCGAUCAUCGCAUUGAAGUUUCUAUCGCCUUGUCCGCGCUGGUCGAACAUUUGUAACUGCGGAGAAAUUUGGCAUAUUGAUCUGCGAAUUUAGCUGUUUCCAUACCACCAACCUACCGACAAACAUACAGUGAAAGUAAAAAACACGAUGGACAGUAAAGGACCACCGUACCCCAAUGCACCCGGAUUUGUACCGGUAUUGAACCAGCCUCAGCCAACCGGCUACCCUCAUCCACCGGCACAGCAGAGCUAUGCCCAUCCGCCACCUCCACCACCGUACGAUUCAAAUGCCAACAUGAUUCCACCGACUGCUCAUCAUCAUCACCAGCAGCAGCAGCAGGCCACCUAUGUUCACACUAUAGUCACGGCGCCCCAGGUUGGUCCAGAUCCGGCUUCCAUCACCUGCCCAUCCUGCCAGAAGCACAUCGUUACCCGACUGGAUUUCGAAACUUCGACCAAAACGCACAUCUUUGCUGGACUGCUUUGCCUAUUUAUUUGCUGGCCCUGUUUCUGGAUUCCAUAUGUGAUAGACUCGUGCAAGAAUGCCAACCACUACUGUCCCAACUGCGGUGCCUACAUCGGAACAUACCGGGGAUAACUUUCGACCAAGCCUAUCGAAUAAUUUUGGAAAUGAGGGACGAACUAUGAUAUCAUCAGUUGAUACACAACAUCGAGAAUCACAAUUAGAAAAUCGUACCGUGACACCUAAGACACGGUAUUUUGCAUUUAAAAGCACACUGAGUUCGGUACGAGCCCCUGUGAAAAGAUUGAUAUGAAUUUUAUGUGUAGAACAAUUCAAGUCUGGCAA